UCUCUCUUUACUUGUUUUCAAAGCAAAGCAAUCGGUGAGUCCUUCGAACGAAAGAGAGGAGGGAUGAGUUCGUCGCCACAUCGCUCUCGCGGAGGAGGCGGCGGCGGCGGCGGCGAUGAUAGGCCCAGGUUCUUCGACUCAAAGGCCAAGAGCCUCUGCUGGGCAAAGGCUGAUAUUGUGCCCGGCCGUCAUCCCGAGAGGUGGCGCAAAGACGCCGCCGGCAACAUUGUUUGCAAGCGCUUCGGCAACUGUCACGGCUGCCUCUGCUUCGAGUACGAUCACAUCCUUCCCUUUUCCAAAGGUGGUGAAUCCACAGCAGAUAAUUGUCAAAUACUACAAACUAGAGUGAACAGAUUCAAGUCGGACAAGGAUCAGGUUGAUCCAGCUCAGCUGAAGGGCUACUCAUGUGACAUUACUUUUUCUGAUAAGGAGCUCGAUAUAAUAGAGAUGGCUGUUUAUGGGGACGUGAUUAGGCCAGGAAAUGAGUGUCGUUGCAGAACAGUAGCUGAAAUGCUUGGCGUAUACAAAUCUAAAGACAAUACAGCUGCGUGCAAGCUGCCACAGACAGGGGAAUGAAUCUCCAAUGGACAGAAAAUCGUAAGUAUCAAUAUCAUAUAAUCCACUGCAUGCAAUUGUUGAUUCAAUCUUCCUUUUAUCAGGAUUUGAGAUCCACGUGUCAGAUUGUUAAAAUUGAAUUCUGACCAUUAUUUGGCCAUACAUUAUAUGGUAGCUGAGAUUUUCUUGGAAGAAACAAGUCAGGUUCUUUACUCUCCUUGAGAAUUGACAUAUCCAGGCACGCACUUGGAUAAGGGCACUGCUUUAAGCUGUUGUCUUCUGCCGUUAUGAACUGGACUUUCGCCUAAUUUCGGUGUCACUGAUGAACUCUUUGGUUUAUC